CAGCUCAUCAACAUGAGACACAGUCUCCACUUGACUUUGCUGUAUCUGAGUCUCUUGGCUGGAAGGGUGUGUAUCCAGGGGAACCGGUUCACCGUGGAGGUCGGCAGAAGCGACAAGCUCUCCCUGCCGGGCUUUGAGAACCUCACUGUAGGAUAUAACAAGUUUCUCAGGCCCAAUUUUGGCGGAGAGCCCGUCCAGAUAGCCCUGACUCUGGACAUCGCUAGUAUUUAUAGUAUUUCAGAGAGUAACAUGGACUACACGGCCACCAUCUACCUCAGACAGCGCUGGACGGACCAGCGGCUGGUGUUCGAGGGCAACAAGAGUGUCACUCUGGACGCGCGCCUCGUGGAGUUCCUGUGGGUGCCGGACACUUACAUUGUGGAGUCCAAGAAGUCCUUCCUCCACGAGGUCACCGUGGGAAACAGGCUCAUCCGCCUCUUCUCCAACGGCACGGUCCUGUAUGCUCUCAGAAUCACAACGACUGUUGCCUGUAACAUGGACCUGUCUAAAUACCCCAUGGACACACAGACAUGCCAGUUGCAACUGGAAAGCUGGGGCUACGACGGAAGCGACGUGGAGUUCAGCUGGCUGCGCGGGAACGACUCGGUGCGUGGGCUGGAGAACCUGCGGCUGGCUCAGUACACCGUCCAACGGUAUUUCACCCUGGUCACCAGGUCACAGCAGGAAACAGGAAACUAUACGCGAUUGGUCCUGCAAUUUGAGCUCCGGAGGAACGUCCUGUACUUCAUUUUGGAAACCUACGUUCCUUCCACUUUCCUCGUGGUGCUAUCCUGGGUUUCGUUCUGGAUCUCCCUCGAUUCAGUGCCUGCGAGGACCUGCAUCGGAGUGACCACCGUAUUGUCAAUGACCACCCUGAUGAUCGGGUCCCGCACUUCUCUUCCCAACACCAACUGCUUCAUAAAGGCCAUCGACGUGUACCUGGGGAUCUGCUUUAGCUUCGUGUUUGGGGCGCUACUGGAAUACGCGGUUGCCCACUACAGCUCCUUACAGCAGAUGGCGGCCAAAGACAGGGGGGUGCCGAAGGAGGCAGAAGAAGUCAACAUCGCCAACAUCAUCAACAGCUCCAUCUCCAGCUUUAAACGCAAGAUCAGCUUUGCCUCUAUUGAAAUUUCUGGUGACAACGUUGACUACAGCAACCUGACCAUGAAAACCAGCGACAAGUUCAAGUUCGUCUUCCGAGAUAAGAUGGGAAGGAUUGUUGAUUACUUCACGAUUCAAAACCCCAGUAAUGUUGAUCGAUACUCCAAACUACUAUUUCCUUUGAUUUUUAUGCUAGCCAAUGUAUUUUACUGGGCAUACUACAUGUAUUUUUAAGAGUAUGUUUAAUAAUUCACAUGCCAUAGGACUUCAACAGAAUGAGAUCAUGAUGUAAAUGGUAUUCUAAGCCAAGCGUGCACCCUAAUCCAAUGGUGCUACAAGUAGCUAAAACAACAAUUUAGCAUUUCUUCUCAAAGAAUGGACACCAUUCCCCCCAACCAUUAUUUAAGUUUGUAGAAGUCCUUGCACUACAGAGUCUUGUAAUAGAAACACCAACCCAUUCCUUUUUGAUCUUUACAAAAGACAUUCCCAUGGAGCCCAAGAUUACAAACCUACUCAGGGUUGGCUGACUGCUCAGUGGCUCCCUGGUCUGCAUUUACCUCAUAUAGAAAUAUGAGAAGGAGGCCAUUACAUGUACUGAGCAACCCUCAAGUGGCAGGAAUUGUUUCUGAAUUAAUCAUACAUGCUAUUUAUUAAGUCUCUGUAGUGUUUACAAAACGCAUUGUUACCUAUUUAGGGAGCAACAUUUUCUAGUUUUCGUUAUUGAUUCAAAUGGAAUGUGGGACUAAGUUGACUUGCUUGAAGUCACUGUUUUAACUCAAUACCAAGGUGAGUUUUUAAUACAGUAUUUAAUACCACAACAGAAUUGUCCCCAAAUUCCAAUAAUUCUUACCAUUGAAAAGUCAAAUGUAAGUGAAGAAAAAUCUAAUGGAUCAAUAAUCUCACACAAAUCCCUUGUUUCUAAGAUAUAAUGGCUUCCCCAAACUGGAAGGGCUCUGGGGCUUUAGCCCCAUUUGGCAUGUCUUGUCCCUUUACUGUUUUACACACAGCAGCCCUCGACAUUGCUGGAGCCCUUCCCCCAUAUCGGGGAUGGAAAUGGAGGUUGCUUUGUCUUGUGGUAUUUUGACUUACCCUCGGAGUCUUGGUGUGGACAGCUGCCCUGAAGACUUGCAGUGUUGAGUCCAUUUCCACCUGCUGUUCUUUCCCAGCAGCGGACCCCCGCAUCCUUCCAGGAGGAGCUUUAGUCCCCAUGCUCUAAUGACCAGGAAUGAUGCUUAUUAGAUAAUAACCUGCAUUUCCCAGGGACACUUGGGUUAGCACUAGUAAGCUUGGCCAUGCUCAGAUCCCUGAACUGCUUUGAGUGGCUUAUCCUGCACGAGUGGGAGAAUGUUGGCCCUGUGCCGUGAACUGUCUGAGGCACAAUGGGACUUGCCAGAGAACCUAUGUUCAGGCUUCAGGUGAACCACCUUUACCAAGUCCGGCCAUUCUCACCCUAAAAUACAAGUGUCCGUCUCUUCUUGUUCCGUGGCCAAGUUCAGCCAACAGCGUAAGUGGCAGUGAGCAAGUGCGCCACGAGAGUUCAGUCUCAGUCAUUUUAAAGAAUCUCCCCAUCUUUAAUUCUUUAGCUUCCUUUUUAGUAAAUGUGUGACUUUAGCCCUCCUUUCAGAAAUAAAAGCUGGCUUUAGAAGAUCAUCUUUCUUCUAUAA